UUGCCCUUCUCUACUUCGGUGUUGCCCGAGGAGCGAGCGAUGGCGCCGCGGCUGGCGAUGUUAGGGUUGGCGGCAGCGCUGGAGCUGCUGCUGCUGCUUCACCUCCAAUUCGCCACCGCCUUCUACCUCCCAGGCGUGGCGCCACAAGAUUUCGCCCAGGGUGCGGAGCUCCAAGUCAAGGUGAACAAGCUCACAUCUAUCAAAACUCUCCUUCCGUAUGAGUACUAUUCACUGGGCUACUGUCGGCCCGAGAAAAUUCUCAACAGUGCCGAGAACUUGGGGGAAGUUCUUCGUGGGGAUCGGAUCGAGAACUCUGUUUAUUCUUUUUCCAUGAGGGAAGACAGGUCGUGCAUUGUUGCUUGCAAAGGCGAAAAGCUGUCCGAAAAGAGUGCCAAGAAUUUCAAAGAGAAGAUUGACGAGGAUUACCAUGUUAACAUGAUUUUGGACAACCUUCCUGUAGCUAUCGCUGCACCUGGUAACAUGGACGGCAGUCAUCUCAAACUUUACGAGCGAGGUUUUCCUGUAGGAUUCAAGAGUGAUGAUGGGAAGUAUAACCUUUACAACCACCUCAAGUUUACGGUUUAUUUUCACAAGGAUUCGGAUCAGGAUUUCUCUCGCAUCGUGGGCUUUGAGGUGUUCCCCUUGAGUGUGAAGCACACCUACGAAUCAUGGAACAAAAAUAAUCCGAAACUACAGACUUGCAACCCCGAAGGCAAACAGUUCGUUGAAUCGUCAAAGACACCACAAGAAGUUGAAGUCGGGGAAGAGAUCGUUUUCACUUACGACGUCAAAUUCGAGGAGAGCGCCACGAGAUGGGCUUCGCGAUGGGAUAUGUACCUUAUGAUGUCAGACGACCAAAUCCACUGGUUUUCUAUCAUCAACUCCCUCAUGAUCGUUCUCUUCCUCACGGGAAUGGUGGCCAUGAUCAUGAUGCGUACACUGCAUCGCGAUAUAUCCAAGUACAAUCAACUGGAGACUCAGGAAGAAGCACAGGAAGAAACUGGGUGGAAGCUGGUGCACGGUGACGUUUUCAGAGCUCCGGAACACGCUGGAACGCUGUGUGUGUUCGUGGGAACAGGGGUGCAGUGCCUGGGCAUGACAGUCGUCACCAUGAUCUUCGCACUGCUGGGAUUCCUAUCGCCCUCGAACCGUGGCGGGCUUAUGACUGCUAUGGUGCUGCUGUGGGUGUUCAUGGGGCUGGUGGCCGGGUAUGCCUCAGCGCGCCUCUACAAGUCUUUCAAAGGCAGUGACUGGAAGAAGAUAACCAUGAAGACGGCACUCAUCUUCCCGGCCGUCGUCUUCUCCAUCUUCUUCGUGCUCAAUGCCAUCAUCUGGGGGGAGAAGUCGUCGGGGGCUGUGCCUUUCGGGACGAUGUUCGCGCUGGUUUGCCUCUGGUUUGGCAUCUCGGUGCCGCUGGUGUUCGUCGGCAGCUACUUGGGAUACAAGAAACCAGCCAUCGAGCCCCCGGUCCGGACCAACAAGAUCCCGCGACAGGUCCCAGAGCAGGCGUGGUACAUGCAGCCCAUCUUCUCGGUGCUCAUCGGCGGCAUCCUUCCAUUCGGCGCGGUUUUCAUCGAGCUCUUCUUCAUCCUCACCUCCAUCUGGCUGCACCAGUUCUACUACAUCUUCGGCUUCCUCUUCAUCGUCUUCCUCAUCCUCGUCGUCACCUGUGCCGAGAUCACCAUCGUCCUCUGCUACUUCCAGCUCUGCAGCGAGGACUACUACUGGUGGUGGAGAGCGUACCUCACGUCGGGCUCCUCGGCCAUCUACUUGUUCCUCUACGCAACCUUCUACUUCUUCACCAAGCUGGAGAUCACCAAGCUGGUGUCGGGGCUGCUCUACUUUGGCUACAUGACCAUCAUCUCGAUUGGCUUCUUCGUCCUCACUGGCACCAUCGGGUUCUACGCAUGCUUCUGGUUUGUCCGCACCAUUUACGCCUCGGUCAAGAUCGAUUGAGACGAAAAGAAGGAAAAAAAUUAUCAUCGCCAUCAUCGGUUGCUGCUGCUGGUGCUGCUACUGUGAAAAGUUUUGAUUGUUUUCUUAAUGGCCGCAUAGCAAUAGCGUAGCUAACUUAAAAAUCUCUGGUGGGAUUCCAUUCAGCUCCACUUGAAACAAGGCAAGGCAAGGAAACGUAGCUGCUAGCUAGUAGAUAUUCA